GUACCUGUUGGCCAUAUUCCUCGAGGGCUUACAGUUUAUUUGCGCGGCGAAAACACACGAUCAGCUGUACCUGGCGACCAUGUUUUGGUUACCGGAGUCUUUUUACCCAGUCUCAAAGGUGCCGGCUUUUCUGGUGGCAGUCAAGGAGGACGCGCCGCAAUGGCAGUGAAUAGCGCCAGUGGUGGGCUGUUGGCCGAAACGUUCCUCGAGGCACAUUCCGUCCAACUGCUUAGUAAAACUGAUGACCUGACGGAAACUAGUGAACCAACUGAAGAUGAAGUGGAACGCCUACGGGAUCCUGAAAUGUACUCGCUCAUGGCACAAUCGCUAGCCCCGGAAAUUUACGGUCAUGAGGAUGUGAAAAAAGCUUUGCUUCUCCUGCUCGUUGGCGGUGUUGAGCUGGCUCCAAAAUCGGGACUGCGAAUUCGUGGAAACAUAAACAUUUGUUUGAUGGGUGAUCCUGGUGUGGCGAAGUCUCAGCUUCUCGGAUUCGUGGACCGUUUGAGCACCCGUUCGCAAUACACCACUGGUCGCGGUAGCUCCGGUGUUGGUUUAACUGCCUCGGUGAUGAAAGAUCCCUUGACGGUCUUUUGGUUUGCUCCUUGUGUAAAAACAACUCCCCCUAGAACUAAUACACCGUACUUCCUUUGUUCCCCUCCCAGUGAACACGAUCUGCGUCUAGCUCAGCAUAUCACUCAUGUACACAUGCACGGUGCAGCACCAACCACAACAGAGGCUUCAUCCCUGCCCGGUGCUGAACAACAGAAUCUAUUCUCAUUGGUCGAACUGCGUCGUCUCAUUCAGAUUGCGAAGUCACAACCUGCGCCAGCUGUCCCAGCACAUCUGGCCGAUUAUCUUGUCGGAGCUUACGUGGAAAUGCGCAAGGAAGCCCGAGUGAACAAGGAAAUGACCUAUACCAGUGCGAGGACUCUGCUGGCGAUCAUGCGUCUAUCCACGGCACGUGCUCGUCUACGAGCGGCAACGGAAGUGACCAAAUCGGAUAUUGACGAGGCCAUGCGAUUGAUGGAGGCCAGCCGAGCCUCGAUUAAUGCGACUACCGCUGGUGACUUUGAUCGAGUAGGCCGUCCUCAGUCGUACAAGGAUAUCAUCUAUCACAUUGUUCGUGAGCUGACCGGGGCUGGUGACGGAACUGCUCGUUUAGCCGACGUGAUGGAACGAUGUGCAGCUCGCGGUUACACGCCUGCUCAAGUGAACGAAGUGGUAGACGCCUACGAGAAUUUGAAUGUAUGGCAAACAAAUGUCGGCCGUACACGAUUGACCGUGGUUGCCUAA